AUGGCUGGCAACGCAGAGAAGAAACAGGCCACCAAAAACACUAAGAUUCUUAAAGAGAUCCAUCUAAUAUCUCUUGGGGUCAAUGCUCUAACACUGUUGAUUAUUUUUCUGUUGAACAGACCAUCAAACAAAAAACCGUUUUUUUUCUUCAAUGUUCCUUUAGUGAUCUGUGAGCUCAUAGUUGAAAAGAUUGGAAGGCCACGAUUCACACUGGAAAAGGUCAGUGGAGGGCGUACUGUUCCCAAACUAGUCUCCUCAGGUGAAGAUCUUAGUCAGUCUGGGCUUACAGAAUACUUAUUCGACAUAAUUUAUUUCACUUUACUGCAGAACAUCGUGCUGGUGAUUUUGGGGACAAAUAAUGUGUGGUAUCUGUCGCUGGUAAUCCCGGCUUUUGCUGCUUACAAGCUUUACGGAUUAUUUCUAGGAGGUAGACAAUUAUUGGGUGGUCGCAGCAGUUUCAAAGAGGAGGAGCCAGCUUCUGGGUCAAAAGAAAAGGGACAGAGCAAGAGACAACAGAAACUAGAAAAGAGAGGACAAAAGGUGAGAUACAGAUAG